AUGUACACGUUCACACCGAUCACGUGCAAGGCUGCCGUCGCUUGGAAGCUAGGCGAACCGCUCAAGGUGGAAAACAUCGAAGUGGCUGCGCCCAAGCAUGGCGAAGUGCGGAUCCAGAUAUCGCACGCGGGCCUGUGCCCCACGGACGCGCAGCUGGUCGACGGCCCCGGAUGCCCCGAGGGCUACGUGCUGCCCUGCAUCCCCGGACACGAAGGAGCCGGCACCGUCGAGAGCAUCGGGCCGGGAGUGACACGCCUCAAGCCAGGGGACCACGUGAUUCCGCUCUACGUGCCGCAGUGCAAGGAGUGUGACUGCUGCCGACACCCACGCGCUAACCUCUGCUCCAAGAUCAGCGCCACGCAGAAUCUUGGUCUGAUGCCCGAUGGUACAACGCGGUUCACGUGCAGGAGUGUGAAGGUGCACCAUUUCAUGGGCAUCAGCGCCUUCAGUCAGUACACCGUGGUGCCGGAGAUUGCAGUCGCCAAGAUAAACCCGGCGGCUCCACUGGACCGCGUGUGCCUGCUCGGUUGCGGAGUGUCGUCAGGCUACGGGGCCGUUCUGAAUGUGGCUCACGUCACGCGGGAAAGCACCGUUGCCAUCUGGGGUCUGGGCGCCGUGGGCCUCGCCGUCGCAAUGGGCGCCAAGGAGUGCGGCGCCAAGACCAUCAUCGGCAUAGACAUCAACGAGACACGUUUUCUCAAAGGCAAGUCUUUCGGCUGCACCGAAUGCCUGAACCCUUACUCCCUCACAAUACCUAUAGUGCACCACAUCGGCCAGAAAGUGGACGGCGGACUGGACUACACGUUCGAGUGCGUCGGCAACGUUCAGGCCAUGCGGGACGCGUUGGACUGCGCUCACGACGGCUGGGGCGAGUGCGUUGUGCUCGGCACAUCCACCCACGAUGUGCGUGCGCCGCCCCUGACGCUCGAGCAAGGACGCUGCUGGCGCGGCUGCACUUUCGGAGGAUGGAAGACCGUCGAUCAGGUUCCACAGCUGGUCGAGCUGUACCACAAGAAAGUCAUCAAGCUCGACCCGCUGAUCACGCAUCGGGUGCCCCUGGCGAAGAUCAACGACGCCUUCAAAAUUCGCAGAAGCGGCCGCUCAAUCCGCACAGUGAUCAGCCUCUGAGGCGCCCCCAGCGAUCAGCCUAUUACGCGGAGAAAAAGCAACAGUAUCGACAAAUAAACUUGAUUCGCU